AAAACAUAAAGUUCCAUACAUGGCCCCCCUCUUUCACCCUCUCUCAAGUGCACACACACCCAAAACACAUGACACACAUGGUCUUGAAUUUUAGACAUGGUCCCCAGACCUCCUCAGAUGAUAAAUCCAUAGCUACUAUACGCAUACAUUUAUGAUUUUUUUUAUUUUAGUUCACAGAAAUGUUUUACAUUUUUUGUACAUUCAGUUUAAUUUCAGUUUAGUUUCAACCCCUCUCUCUCUCUCUCUCUCUCCCUCUCUCAGCCCUCACCGGAAGUCCCUGUUCUCUGUGGACAUAUCCGGUUUACCCUGUCCAAACCAGAUCCCAGCGAGAAGCACAUUCUUAAACCACACCUCAGCUGGCAGUUCAUUGAUUACACAGCGAGUCAGCCACAGACAAUUGGUUAGGAGUUAAAAAUAAGAACACCAUCACAAUUCCACAAUAAGGACACGUCUCCAGGGGCCUCAUUUAUAAAAUGUUCUUACGCACAGAUUUGGUCUUAGAUCGUGCUUGGUCAGUGGAUCUUCUGGCCAAUCGAUUUCCGUUUCGGAAAUGAAAAUUACAAAACAAAAAACGAAGGAUUAUUUGAUUUCCGUUUUAAAAUACAAAAUCGAAAAACGAAAAUCAAGUCGUUUUCCGUUUUCCUAAUCGGUUUCAAAACAUCAAAAUACAAAUAACGAAAUUAGUCUUAAAUUUCGACAAUCAUUAUUCAUUAUUCAAUGAUAUAGCUUAUGUUAGUCUUAACUAGAUGAAAAUACCUGUUAAAUAUGGCGGCCUUGGAAAGUGUUGCGAGUGAUAUAGAGGAGAUGGUUAAAAAGGACAUGUCUUAUGAAGAGAUCGCAAACUCUUUAACAAAUAACUUUGGAUCACAAAGAGGUUACUCUGAGAGGAGCGUCUGACGAUUUUGCACCCAGCGUGGAUUAAUUAGGCAUCCACUAACUCGGGACCACCUGGAAACUGAGGUGGCAAAAGCAGUCUGCGAGGUAGGCUAUAGGGAAUGUUUUAUAUGGGCUACUGGUCACGUAGCCUACCAUACCUAUGCAAUCACUCAUUUUACUUUGAUGAUUUGUUAGGUUGGUCCAACAUAUGGCAGAAAAAUGCUUACGGGCUAUCUGGCCUCCAAGGGUGUAAAGGCGGGGGAAAAACGAGUGGGAAGUAUUCUUAGGGACUUCAACCCACGCUACCACCAGGCAAGAUGCGAUGGUGCAAGAAAUCUAAACCCAACACCCUACACGGCAGAAUACAUGGGUCACAAGAUCCACAUGGAUCAAAAUGAAAAGCUAGUUAUGUUUGGAGCUACCCAUGUACUUGCCAUCGAUGGAUUUAGCAGCAAGAUAGUUGGCUAUGCAACAAUGCCUGUUAAGAACAAUGUGAAGAUAUAUGAAGAUGUAUACAGGUCUGCAGUCAUGAAAUAUGGCCUGUGGGAUCAGGUUAGAGUAGAUCAUGGAAGAGAAUUCUACCUAACGUUAUUCAUGCAAGAAAACCUUAAAGCCUAUCCGCAUAAUCAGGAAAGGCGGCCCUAUCUGCAGACUAAGUCCACAGAGAACCAUACUGUUGAGAGAAUGUGGCCCGAGAUAAAUGACAGGGUGAACUACCCAUUGAAGGCUGCCAUGGUGCAGUUGUUGGACCAGGAUUUACUUAGUAUGGAGGACAACACUGUUAAAUACUGUUCAUCAGAACUGCUUUGUCAAGUGAGCCACAUAGGUGUUGCAUGAGCAGUGGCAGCAUGGAAUGCUCAUUCAAUUCCAGGGAAGGGAGUACCAAACAGACUUGCUGCAAGUGGUUGCAAAGUAAGAAUUCCAGAGAACCUCUUGCCACCAGGAUCAGAGGCAGCCACCAUGUAUGAUUGUGUGCUUGGUGCCUCACUGUCCAGAGCAUCUUGUUUUGGACAAGACCCGUUCCCUACAGCAGAGGCAAAGUUGAGGGCAGAAAGAGAGUUUUGCACUCUCUUCCCCGACAUGGCUGUGCUUUAUGAGAGUGCCGUGCAUCACAAUUAUUCACCAUACCAAGAGGCAUUAAGGUGCCUUGUUGACAUUACAAAGAGACACAUUUAAAC